AUGACUGAUUCGCCGGGGUUUCUUCGGCUGCCCGGGUCCCUGUGGGCGGCGAAUGGCGGGCAGGAUAGCGCGGGGGAGGGGGUGAUUGUGGGAGUGAUUGACACGGGCGUGUGGCCGGAACACCCGUCAUUUGCUAACACACCGGCCAACCCGUACGGCCCUGUUCCCCGCAGGUGGCGCGGAAAGUGCCAGGCGACGCGGGACUUCCCCCGGUCGCUGUGCUCGCGCAAGCUCAUCGGCGCGCGCUUCUUCGCGGCGGGCGUGCGCAAGUCGUCCGCGGGGGUGAACAAGGAGAAGGACUUUCUCUCCCCGCGCGAUGGGGACGGUCACGGCACGUGGUGUGCCAGCGCAGCAGCAGGCAACGCCAACGUGCCUCUCACCCUCUCCCCCACCAGAACCCUCGGCACCAUCUCCGGUGUGGCUCCCAGGGCGCGCCUGGCCACCUACAAGGCGCGCUGGGUGACGCCCAUUCCUUCUCCACUCCCUCUGCUCCCGCCCACGCCCACAACCCACAGCGCAGCAGCAGGCAACGCCAACGUGCCUCUCACCCUCUCCCCCUCCAGAACGCUAGGGCCUAUAUCAGGCGUCGCUCCCAGGGCACGCCUAGCCACCUACAAGGCGCUCUGGGUCACCCCGGGGGGAGGCGGGCGCGUCGCAGCAGCAGGCAACGCCAACGUGCCUCUGACUCUCUCCCCCACCAGAACCCUCGGCACCAUCUCUGGUGUUGCACCCCGCGCGCGCCUCGCCACCUACAAGGCCCUCUGGGUGACCCCGGGGGGAGAAGCGGGCGCGUUUCAGUCAGACAUCCGCGCAGCCGUUGAUGCGGCCGUAUCCGACGGUGUGGAUGUGCUCUCGUGCUCGUUCGGUGGGGCCAUCUCGCGGUAUUUCAAUGACCUGCCGUACCUGCAAGCGUUCAAGGCGGGCGUGUUUAUAGCCUUUGCAGCGGGCAACAGCGGAGCACCCUCUAAAGGUCAAAUGCUCGGCACUCUCAGCAACACAGCGCCCUUUUACCUCACCGUUGGAGCCAGCACCAUCGGCCGUGAGUAUCAGGCCAACCUCACCCUGGGCAACGGAGUACAGCUCACGGGGCUGGGCUUUGACAGCAGUGGAAACGCGAUAAACCUCCCCCUUGUGCUCUCCUUCAUGUCCCUCUGUCCCUUCCCCCCGCUCACGGGGCUCGGCUUUGGCAGCACGGGCAACGCGAGGGACCUGCCCCUCGUGCUCUCCUCCGCUGCUGUGCACCCACUGGGAACGCUGAGCCUGGCACGAGAGUGCUUCUCAUCAAGUCUAGACAAGGCCAAACUCUCCGGGCGAAUGCUGGUGUGCAACCUGAAAACCAGAGACGUGAGGGAAGCAAUGAAAGACACCGCCACGGCUGCUCUCGGCGCCGCUGCCGUGCUGCUGCUCUCCGACUCGCCUUCCUCCCCGGCGCCGUCCCGCGUACCCUACACAGACGUCCCCGCUAUCCACUUGAAUGCGGAGGAUUCCGAGACGGUUCGGCAGUACCUGAGCAAGGCCACAAAGUAA